AUGGUGCCUGAGAAAUGGGCCGCAGUAGUUUUUCUGCUGUACCUGUGCUGUGCUGGCUGUGGCUUCUGCGGCAAGGUCCUUGUGUGGCCCUCUGACAUGAGCCACUGGCUGAACGUAAAGACUAUUCUUGAGGCGCUGGCAGCAAGAGGGCAUGAAGUGACAGUCCUGAGAUAUCCUGCUAUCCUUAUAGAUCAGAAUCAACAUUCCGCACUGCACUUUGAGAAUAUCCCUGUGCCUUAUGAAAAUGAGAUUCCUGAGCAUUAUCUAAAAGAGAUGGUAAAUCUAGCUGUGAAUGUCAUUCCAAACUUGUCCUUGUGGCAAGCAGCAAGAACACUGCAAGAUUUCUUUCUUCAGCUGACUGAAGUUUUUGAAGAUCUUUGCAGGAGUGUGUUGUACAACCAGACAGUCAUGAGCAAGCUCCGGGAUGCAAAAUAUGAUGUGAUGGUUAUAGACUCCGUCAUUCCCUGUGGAGAGCUCACGGCAGACGUGCUUCAGAUUCCUUUUGUAAACACGCUGAGGUUCAGCAUGGGCUACAGCAUGGAAAAAUACUGUGGCCAGCUUCCAGUUCCACUUUAUGUGCCAGUAAUCAUGGGUGAACUAACAGACAGUAUGACCUUUCCAGAAAGGGUGAAAAAUAUGAUACUUUCACUGUUUUUUGAAUUUUGGAUCCAGCAGUAUGACUUUUCAUUCUGGGAUCAGUUUUACAGUGAAGCACUAGGAAAACCCAUCACAUUAUGUAAGACUGUGGGUAAAGCUGAAAUUUGGCUCAUCCGAACAUAUUGGGAUUUUGAAUUUCCUCAUCCAUAUUUGCCAAAUUUUGAUUUUGUGGGAGGACUGCACUGCAAACCUGCCAAGCCAUUACCUAAG